AUGGAGUUUGUUUGGCUCUACUCCCUUUGCCAGUGCACUUUGUCGGUUUGUGUGAUCGUAGUCAGCGUGAGGUUGUGCAUGGUGGUCAGCGGCAGCAGGCCUGUGACGGACGCCCGAGCUGGAACUCAGAGUGCCAAGAUCCAACUUGGGAACAUCUCGUGCUGCCUGCGGUUGUGCCUGGGCUAUGUGGGGGCUGUAGGUGGAGCGCUGGGAGUCCCAGUGGCUGUGUUGCUCAACCUGCGAACACCCCAGUGUCUCUACACCUGCAUAACCCUUGUAUGUUGCCCCUUGCUGAUCAGACAGUUUACCAUGUUCCUGUUAAUGAUACUGACGCUGGACACACACCUGCAGCACCACUUGGCCGACAGGUACUCUGCAGUGGUGACCCGGAGAAGAGCCCUGUGUGUGGUCUUGUUGUGCUGGGUGGGCUCGGUUCUGUCCUCCUUUGCACAGUUCAUUGGCACAGAUGUCCUCAGCACCUGGAAGAAUGGAGGUACUGGUCCAGGCACAUCUGGCCAUGAGAUAGAUGGCAACUGGACAACCUCUCUACCCCGUCUCACCUCUGCUCCAAUCCCCAAGUACCGACAAGAUCGCAAGGUCAUUGGGAAGAACCUUCCGUAUGGAGGCUUUUUGUCAAAGUUCUACGUGGAGGACAUGCGAAACUUCACCUACGCAGAGAUCCACAGCAGCCACUGGGGCGUAUGCGCAACAGACACAAUUCUCAGUCCCCAGUUUCUUGUCUACGUGCACGGGAUUACGGUGGUUUUUCUGCCUCUGCUUUUCUUACUGGUCGUUUUCUUCGAUCUGCUGUGCAUAAAGCCAAAAAAGACUCUUUUUGGUCACGCAGGUCCACCAAAACACACGUCUACUCUGGUCCGCUUCGUAGCCCUGUCCAUCUCUCUUUUAGUUCUGCUUUGCCUGCCACUUUACAUCAUUGAGGCUCUUUUGCUUUUCACCCCUGAAACUCAUUUACCUGCUUGGGCUCACGCCGUGGCCAUGUUCCUCUUUCAGCUGUACAGUCUUGUGCCCCAGAUCCUCUUUACGCCUCCAAGGAAACGAGUGGGAGAAGAACGGGCAUCCUUCCCUCUUGCUGUUUCCAACUUCAAAGUGGCAGUAGCCCAUGCCGGAGGAAAAUCUGUCCGCCUGGCACUGCGUGAGGCGGUGCAGUCAGCUCCGUGGUCCUCGGCCAAACACUCUCUUAAAGCCAAAGUGUGCCCAGAGGUCUAAAUUUCUUUGUAAGGUAAACAAUGUGCAUUUUAUUCUUUCAAAAUUUGCACAUUUUCAAACAUUCAGAAUGAAUAAAUAAUCA